AUGGCGAUUGCGCGGCCCGUCCGCGCGCUCACCAUUACGGCCGUGGUUUUAUGGUUCCUUGUUCUGUACCGCAUCUUCAGGGCGCCUUCGUCCAUCCACGGGCCCGGCGAGCGGUACAUCAACUUUGAGCGGGAUCCCAACCUCGACCCCACCGACGAACCCGAGGGGAUACUGCGCCGCGCCUCCGAACGAUAUGCCCCGGACGCCAAGGACAGCGCCCGGAUCCCUGCCACGCUGCUGGCCCUGGUGAGGAAUGAGGAGGUCGACGACAUGGUGCAGUCCAUGAAGGACCUGGAAAGGACCUGGAACCACAAAUUCAACUACCCCUGGACCUUCUUCAACGACGAGCCCUUUUCCCAAGAGUUCAAGCGCAAGACGCAGGCCGUGACCAAGGCCAAGUGCAUCUACGAGCAGAUCCCCCGCGAGCACUGGGCGACGCCGUCGUGGAUCGACCAGAAAGUCUACGACGAAUCCGCAAAGAUACUCGAGGAGAGCGGCGUCCAGUACGCAAAGAAAGUCUCGUACCACCAAAUGUGCCGAUGGAACAGCGGCAUGUUCUACAAGCACCCGGCGUUGCAGAACACGCGCUACUACUGGCGCGUCGAGCCCAAGGUUCACUUCUUCUGCGACAUCGACUACGACAUCUUUGCCUACAUGCUCGACAACAACAAGACGUACGGCUUCACAAUUAACCUCUACGACGACCCCAAGACGCUGCCCACCCUGUGGCCCGAGACGGUCAAGUUCCUGACAGACAACCCCAAGUACCCCGUCCACGAACAGAGCGCCCUCAGGUGGUUGACCGACGACGUGCGCCGCCCAGAGAACAACAAGCGGGCUCAGGGAUACUCGACCUGUCACUUCUGGAGCAACUUCGAGGUGGCCGACAUGGAGUUUUGGCGGAGCCCCGUCUAUCAAGACUACUUUGACCACCUGGAUCACGCCGGCGGCUUCUUCUACGAGCGGUGGGGCGACGCGCCGGUGCACAGCAUAGCGCUCGGCCUCUGGGAAGAUGCGAGCAAGGUCCACUGGUUCCGCGACAUCGGGUACCAGCACAUCCCCUUCUUCAACUGUCCCAACUCGCCCAAGUGCAAGGGGUGCGUCACGGGCCGCCUCACCGACGGCGAGCCCUUUCUCCAUCGCGAAGACUGCCGGCCCAACUGGUUCAAGUACGCGGGGAUGGGCUGA